CUCUCAGCCAAUCAGACUCGCAGAAUACGCUCCGACAACAAACAAAAGAUCGAGCCUAGCCGAGCUUAUUAUACUUUAGUCGAUCCGCCUGGACUAACGCUUUUGUUACUUUGCUAUCCACCCGGACCUGUUCGUCUGUGUCUCAGCCGCUCUCAUCAGAUCCUCUCCUGCAGAUAUUGUUCCCCGUAGUGUCUAUGUUGUGGCUUUGUGUCAGCUAAUGUCAACCUGAGCCAUUUCAGCGAUCAGUUCGGCUAAACACGUUAGCCAGGUUAGCUUCUAGGCUAACCAGCUCUGGCUGCCUCAAUACGAACCAGCGAAGCCAGUUAGCUUAGCCUCAUAGCUAGCUAGCUUUGCUAACCCCCCUUUAAACUCGACACUGACCGACUCCAGCAGUUCUGGCUUGUUACUGACAAGCCACUUCACUAAAAGCCGUGUGGUAGCCAUGUCUGGACAGUCGACGGGCUGUGGGUUUCUGAUGUCGGUCGUUGUCCACGGAGACUCGGCUCUGAACGAGCAGGAAAAAGAGCUAAACCAGCGACUUCGACGGCUCUAUCCGGCCGUUAACGAAAACGAGACCCCGCUUCCACGCUCCUGGAGCCCGAAGGACAAGUUUAGCUACAUCGGACUGUCUCAGAACAACCUCCGUGUUCACUAUAAAGGUCAUGGGAAGACCCCUAAGGAUGCUGCGUCUGUGCGGGCCACCCACCCCAUCCCCGCCGCCUGCGGCGUCUACUACUUUGAGGUGAAGAUCAUCAGUAAAGGCCGAGAUGGCUACAUGGGGAUCGGCCUCUCAGCUCAGGGUGUAAAUAUGAACAGACUCCCUGGUUGGGACAAGCACUCUUAUGGUUACCACGGCGACGACGGCCACUCCUUCUGCUCAUCCGGCACCGGGCAACCCUACGGCCCCACGUUUACAACGGGCGACGUGAUUGGCUGCUGCGUUAACCUCAUCAACAACACCUGCUUCUACACAAAGAACGGCCACAGCCUAGGUAUCGCCUUCACAGACUUGCCACCAAACCUGUACCCGACCGUCGGCCUGCAGACGCCAGGCGAGGUGGUGGACGCGAACUUCGGCCAGCACCCGUUUGUUUUUGACAUCGAGGACUACAUGCGAGAGUGGAGGACGAAGAUCCAGGCCCAGAUCGACAGAUGCCCCAUCGGAGAGCGGGAGGGCGAGUGGCAGUCCAUGAUCCAGAAAAUGGUGGCUUCGUACCUGGUGCACCACAGCUACUGCGCCACCGCCGAAGCCUUCGCCAAGUCCACCGACCAGGCCGUGCACGAGGAACUCGCCUCCAUCAAAAACAGACAGAAGAUCCAGAAGUUGGUGUUGUCGGGUCGAAUGGGCGAAGCCAUCGAGACCACCCAGCAGCUCUACCCCAACCUCCUGGAGAGGAACCCAGACCUCCUCUUUAUGCUCAAGGUGAGGCAGUUCAUAGAGAUGGUGAACGGGACGGACAGCGAGGUCAGGUGUCUGGGAGGACGCAGCCCCAAGUCUCAGGACAGUUACCCCGGCUCCCCCCGGCCCUUCAGCAGCCCCAGCCACAAAGCCAGCAGCUCCCAGCCCUACCUCACAGGGUUUGACAGUAACUGCUGUAACGGCGUGACGUCCAGUAAGAGCCACAGCUCCUCCCCCCACAGUCACAAGCCCUGCCCCCCCAGCUCUGGCUCCGCCCUCCAGGGCUCUGACGUCAGCCUGAACGGCAGCCGCAGCCAGCAGCCCAUCACCAGUAACGAUGUGGACAUGGAGGUCGACCACUUCACCAACGGCGUGACCGAGUCCUCCUCCAACGGCUUCCUGAACGGAACCUCCAAACACGCCACGGAGCCCGACGACUGCGACGCAGACAUGGAGGUGGAGUCGGCCCAGUCCAAGAGGCAGCUGUGUGGCGGGAGCCAGGCGGCCAUCGAGAGGAUGAUCCACUUCGGCAGGGAGCUGCAGAGCAUGAGCGAACACCUCCGCCGGGAAUGCGGCAAGAACUCCGCCAACAAGAAGAUGCUGAAGGAUGCGUUCAGCCUGCUGGCGUACUCCGACCCCUGGAGCAGCCCGGUGGGCUACCAGCUGGACGCCGUUCAGAGGGAGCCGGUCUGCUCCACUCUCAACAGUGCAAUACUAGAGACUCACAACCUCCCGAAGCAGCCCCCCCUGGCUCAGGCCGUGGGCCAGGCCGCCCAGUGCCUCGCCAUCAUGGCACGAACUGGCAUCGGCUCCUGCGCCUUCGCCUCUGUGGACGAUUACCUGCACUAGCCACAUGUACACACACACACACACACACACACACACGUUCUGAAGGCUCAUCCAGAAAGCUUCCUCCCCUCGCUGCUGGAGAACCCGGCGGGGUCAGAGGUCGUUUCUGGAUGGACCUUCAGAGAUCGCCACAUUAAAACGAACCGACCACCUCCAUCGUCGUAAAUAAUAACCUUCACCCUGGUCUCUCAGAGGCGGCCAUGUUUGCAUCCUUCUGACAGGGAGGGGAAGUGGGGGGUUGGCUUUCAAAAUAAAAGAAAUACUCUGAGGCGAACUCGUGACUCGAAGCCGAAACACAAAAAAACCUGGAUCAAACUUUAAAAAAGAAAAAAGGCUCUCAGUGAGCGCUGAGGAGCGCUCCGCCGCAGCCAAUCGCAGCCCUCCACCCUCUCUGCACCCCCCGCCCUCCACUCACCCGGGACGCGGCGCAGGCCCGGCGAUUUGGACUCGGGACUUCGAGGAAGCUGGAGAGAAUCUGCAAGUCUCGACUUUCCCGUUUUUAAUCUUCUGUUUAGUUUUUUGUUUUUUCUUUUGAGCAGUUUGUGGGUAGGGGGCGCUGUGGAGGCGGGUCACCUGCCGCCUCCUUUUUUGGUUUUAGUUUGUUUUCCCAGGUUUACAAGGCAUGGUGCAGACCAUAAUGAUGAUUAUUAUUAUUCUAAUUAUCAUUAUAAUUAUUGUUACUUGCAUUCACAGUAUAUUUGUUGAGCGCCAGCCGGAGCGAGUUCCACCGACUUAUUAUAAUAAAGGUCCCGAUUCCACCGACUCCCCAGUGACCAGCGUGUGUACAUGUAAACGUUUCUAUAUUACAAAGUGGAAAUAUAUCAAUAGAGCGACAUAUUUAGUUACCAAAAUAAUAAAAAGAGAGAGAGAAACCUUUAGUACUUUUCCUGACACCAGCAGACCCCUGAAGCAGGCUGGUUGUGUCGUUUUUUCUGUUCGACUCCAGGGUUUCUGAGCAGGCAGUAAAGGGACGACUACAUCAGGCCCAGAGCUCUCGGCUGUGAAGCUGUUUAAAGCCAACGUUUGUUUUCCUGGUUUAUUUUCUGCUUUUUGACCCCGAAGAACUCAGGAGCCACAGUGACGUUUAGUUUCUUCUCCAACCAAUCAGCUGAUGUGCCUCAUGAACCCGGUUUGGAUCAGAACCCGGUUUGGAUCAGAACCCGGUUUGGAUCGGAACCGACAGACCUGAGGCCUGUACUCCCAGGCAGGAUUACUGUUUAACGGACUUUAAGUUUCACAUUUUUUCCAAGAAAGGGCACACUUCCACCUUAUUGUUUGAAAAAUAUGCAAAACUGUAGAGAAAAUAAAAAUGUCUUGAAACCUUAAAUGAAAACAAAAGUUAACUUAAUCUGAUCUUACAAGUUCAAAAUGUGGUUAAAAGAAAUUAUUUUAAAAAUCCCACUGGGUCUCCAGCCUGUUGUUCUUAAUCUCUUAAAUUAUUAGGAGGAUCUGAAAGUUACCAAAAUAAUCUAAACAAUUAAAAAUGUAAAAAUUACAGAUUUUGGUCCCAAACUAACUUGAGUAUUUCCCAACUGCCUAAAAUAAAAACUGAAUUCAUCAAAUUCAUCAUAAAUGGCCACAAUGUGUAGUAAUGUAACAAAAUUUGACUUCAAAAUCUAAUAAAACAUCUUUAAGCCACAUUAUUUAAUGCAGAAUGGGAUAAAAUCAUAGGAACUAUUUUGUGCCGAUCAGCUCUUUGUAAUAAUAUGAUGCAUUAUUUAAUAAACCACAAACCAGAGUUUGUGUUCAUCCUGAUUAUUAUAUUUCUAAUAAUGAUCAAGUUGUUUAAAUUUAAGCUUUGAACAAAAAACGCUGAACUUUUGGUCAUUUAGUUUUCAGACUCUUGGCCAAAACACUUCAUGUCAAAUUUAAUAUGUUGUUAAAAUGAGAAACUUUUUUGUUUUAAAUGAGUUUUUCAUCUUGUAAUGAUCCUGAAUUUAUUCCAUCCUCUGAUGGUUUGAUGCUUCUGUACGUCACUAUCCGGCCAACACUAGUUACUUAUAUGAUGAUGAUAAAUUAACAAGAGGCUGAGAGACGUAUUUAAUUUAGUUUUUAGUUUACUGGAGGUGCAUCUCUACAUAAAUCAACAUUUAAAUUAAAUGCAUCACGUUCAUGUUUAUUCUGAAUAGUUAACAAAAUCAUAGAAAUAAAAACAAUAAAGUUUGAAUUAAUCCUGCUCCAAAGCACAGAUCUCAGGUCUGAAAGUUGAAGCAAAUCCAAAGGAAAUUCAUGAAGGAUGACAUUUUAUCUUUGAGGUUUUAAAACUGCAGAUUAAAGAAUCUGAUCAUAAACAUCUGGAUUCAUCAGCUGUCAGUCCAACACAGCGUAGAUCUAGAUGAGCCUUCAUAUAGAAGCAGCAGCUCCAGAAAAAUGAAACCAUCUCUUCUUUGAAUCAAACAUCCAGUUUCUGACGGCAGUGAUGAGAUUUAACUGACUGGAAAGCACGGUGGUGGCAGUAUCAUGUUCUGAAAACAGGAGCAGGAACAAAUCCUUUCCUAAAACCCGACGGGUCGCCUGAAAGUUCAGCGACUUUAAACCAACCAGUUCUGGAAGGAAACGGCUCCGCUGUGUUUUAAUCCGUCUGGUUCCCAGAACUCAUCCAGGUGGAACUAAUCUGUUCUGUUUCAUCUUCUGUUUUCCUCAUUUUUAUCCUCAUUUUUUGCAGCUCACAAGCAGUGAAAAAAAAAAAGAAAUCUUUAGACGAAGUGUCUUGUCUCUUUCUAAGGUCUGAACCUAUGCAUGCCAUAGUAAAGUGGUGGUAAGAUCCAGCUAGAUGUCUCCUUUCUUUUGGUUCUCCUCCUUUUAGCCAGGAAGAUGUCAACCAGUAAGUUGUCCACUGCUGACUGUGUGUCCAUUUGGAGAUGAUUAAAAAAUGUGCAAUUUGUGUGAGGGUGAAAAGAUUUAUAUUAAAAACAACCAUGAUGA